UGGCAGGACCGGCCCGUGACAUGCGUGUUGUUGCUGGGACACGCCCCGAUUUUGGAUUUGUUUCCCUUGUGCUCGACCGCGCAUGAUGCGCUCCGCAGAUGUCGACCAUCCUAGACCGCCCUCCUUGAACGGGGCCUCGUGCGAUAUGACCCGUGGUGCCGAGCAGCCCGAAGAUGCGGACCCUGCGGAAAAACCAGCAGACGACGAAGGAAAGGCGGGCUCAGCGCUCAGCGCGGCAAUGUAUGCUUUGAAGGACGUCCCGUCAGCACCCCUCGACCAGGCACAAGAGGCGGACGGAGCACAAGGCUUCGUUGGGGUCGCCUUGCAAGCUGAUCACCUGCGCCGCCACCCAUCACCACGUUCAGCCAGACCGUUUAAACAUUGGAUAAGAACAUUGCACAGACGGGCACUACGGCGUCAGGACAUGCUUGGCUACGACGGCAGCCUUCCACAGUGGCUGAAGGACACGGGGGAUGUCGAUGAUCAGACUCGGCAGUCCUCUCACCACAGGCAUUCGUCUUCCGACUCAUCCUUCGCCUUCGUCACCGCGGUCAAAAGCGCCAGCGUAUCCGUGGCCGGUGUCAGCUUGUUGACUCGCUCGUGGAAAACGACCAUUCGAUCAUCCCGCGGCCCGAGGACGGAGCGCAGCAGGAGGGCUUCCCUCUCUGGGCCACGCGUUUCCGAAGACAGCUGUUGUCCCGAGAGACAGCUGCCCCUGGACCCUGCUGUAACGAAAAGGGCUGUGCAGAGACGUCGCAUCUUGGAGGAGCUAAUUAGCAGCGAGGAGGACUACAUCGGGGAUGUGCGGUUUUUGAUGAAUGUUUACGUCACUAUCCUUGCCUCUCUGCCCAGUUCUCCGGCCGGUUUGCGGCCGUCGGUUAACCAGAACCUGACGGAUAUCGUGGAGCUCCACGAGGAGAUCCUUGGAGAGCUGCACCGGGCUGUGCCCGACUCAGAAUACACGCAGCUAGAUCUUCCAAUCAGACGGACCCGAUCAAACCCAUCAACCCGUGGACAUUUCCGUUGGAGGAGUCUAGAUGCUGUGCCCGAGGGUAAAGAAGACAUUUCCUGGCUGCGCGAGGUUCCUGGAAUGAUGGCCGAGCCUUCAACGGCAGCUGAGGUUUCUAAAAUCUUCCUGAAAAAGAUGAACCGCUUCUUCAUAUAUGAGGAGUACGGCGCAAAGUACGAGAUGAUGAUUAAAAAUGUGGCAGCCGCCCAUCAGACGAUGCCAGGCUGGUUGUCGUACCAAAAAGGGCUCGAGGUCCUGGCCUCGUCUCUGGGCUCUGCCGACAGCCGCGACAACCAGUCGAGGAAGGCCCUCACAACCGGCGACCUGCUUGUCAAGCCGAUCCAACGGGUGUGCAAGUAUCCGCUUCUCUUCUCCGAGUUACUCAAGUACACACCGGUGAUCGAUUGCCCUUACUCUCACGUGGAGAUCGAGAACACGCUGAUCAGGCUCCGCGAGGCCACUGCCGAGAUCAACCGCGCCACAAACGAUUGUCGGACCAAGUCGGUUCUGGAGAAGACCUGGAUCCUCCAGGACCGACUCGCAUUCCCUAACCAUCAGGUGGAUGCAGCGUCCAAAAGCCGUAUCCGAUCGUUUGGUCACAUUCAACUCUGCGGUGCGCUCCACGUCUGCUGGCAAACAAAAGAGGGUGUCAGCGGGCAAUACAUGGUUGCCCUUCUGUACCGCGAGUGGUUUUGCCUUGCUACGGCUGGCAGAAUCGACCAGAUAUACACCAUCCGUGCUUGCAUCGCUUUGGGCAAUAUCAAGGUCGAAGAAGCUGACAAUGGCCGAGGGCUUCAAUGCCACACGGCGCGAUAUUCUUGGAAAAUCGUAUUUCUGUCUAACAACCAGCUGUACGAGCUGAUCUUGACCGCGUGCUCACCAAAGGAGGAGCUGGAAUGGUGUGCACGACUGAACAACCAAGGAGCCGCCACCCCCGACGGCCAAGAGCGGAUGCAGUCAGAAAUGUCCAGCUUCCUGUCACUGAACGUCAAGUCUCUGGGGACUGUUUUCAGAAAGCCAGGAACCAUUGCCCGAAAGAUAUCAAUCCACCGAGCAACCACCAUCGGACCCAAAUCUCCGCUAUACCAGGUCAUACUUAAAAACACCAGCGCCGCUAAGGACCUCCCGACCUCAUCAUCAUCAUCAUCGUCACAACCAUCUUCGUUAUUAUCACCGUCGUCAUCCUCGUCGUCCAAUGCCCAAUCGCAGCAAAUCAACCGAUCGCAGUCGCUCCUGACGACGAACAGCCGGAUCCCGGUCCUCGCGCCGGCCCGCGCCGAGAGGGCCCGGCUUGAGGCGCUCCUAACGGACGUCUGGACGCGGGAUGUGCUGCCGUUCCCCGGGAUUGCGGUGCGGUCCCGGAGCGAGCAGCUUGCCUCGUCCAUGAUGCGCAAGCUGAGCGCGGUGAGCAUCGCGGCGGGCGGCUUCAGUCGCCGGUCGACUAGCUUGGCGAGUCUGCACUACCAGAAGGAAAAGGAGAAGGAGAAGGAGAAGGCUGGUGCGGGCGCCGCCCCUGGUGUUUCUGGUAGUAGUGGUGGUAAGGAUACUGGGUUUGGGGGUCUUGGGGAGAGGAAGAGGCAGAGGCGGAUCAGUGAGGGGGAAAUCGUUGGGUGUGUGGGGAGAACGGUGCCAGUGCCGGUGGUGGAGGAUACAUACAGCGCAUCGGCUUCUCGCGCUGAACAUCAAGCUUGUGCGCGGGAGGCGUGUCCGGACAUAGCACGCCGCGCUUCUGCGCCCGAAGUACUGGGGGAGGCGCCGGAGCCAGAAAAAAAUUCGGUGACGAAAUUGCGGGAGGCCGGAGCCAAGAAAAUUGAUCCUCGCGGGUCGUGGGCUCCGUGUCUGGGCAGUGAGAUGAGCAUGCCCAAGUCGUUGGGGAACGAGGGGAGCGCCACGUCCUCGCGGGAGGGCUCCAAGGAAUCCCGCCCCGGCCGCUGCGAGAUGGGAGACGCGGGGAAGGUAGUGCAGAGUAGAAAGCUAGAGGAGAGGCGGUCGGCGUCUUCGGUGCGGGGAGCGCGACAGAGGCUCAGUCGGGGGCAGGGACGGGGUAUUGUGCCGACGCGGUCACGGUCACGGUCGCAAGGGCUUGCAGGGAAGCUGGUGAAGACGGAGUUGAAACGGCGGGAGGUGGUUGUUGAGGAGAUCCGGAGCUGGUUUCGGUAGGGUCAUGGGGGGUUGCAUUGCAGUUUGUUGUUUGCUUUUAAGGGACUCAGGAAUAGGGGCUAGGUGAGGGAUCUGGGUUGGUUGGAAAA